AUGGCACCAAAGAAAGACGUGAAGAAGCCCGCUGCUGCUGCUCCUGCCCCAGCCCCGGCCCCAGCCCCUGCCCCAGCCAAAAAAGAGGAAAAAAUCGAUCUGUCUGCUAUUAAGAUCGAGUUCUCUAAGGAACAACAGGAGGAAUUCAAGGAGGCCUUUCUCCUGUUUGACAGAACAGGUGAAAGCAAGAUCACCUUGAGUCAGGUGGGCGAUGUCCUCCGGGCUCUGGGUACCAAUCCCACCAAUGCAGAGGUCAAGAAGGUUCUCGGGAACCCUAGCAACGAAGAGAUGAAUGCUAAGAAAAUCGAGUUUGAACAGUUUCUGCCCAUGAUGCAAGCUAUCUCCAACAACAAGGACCAGGGAGGCUAUGAAGACUUCGUUGAGGGUUUGCGUGUCUUCGACAAGGAGGGCAAUGGUACCGUCAUGGGUGCUGAACUCCGCCACGUCCUCGCCACUCUGGGAGAAAAGAUGCGGGAAGAGGAGGUAGAGGAGCUACUGAAGGGCCAGGAGGACUCCAAUGGCUGCAUCAACUAUGAAGCUUUUGUCAAACACAUCAUGUCUGUGUAA